AGAUGUCUUACCAAAUCAGAACGGUCUCCUUGUUCGUCCUCGUCCUGCUGGCGAUAACCUUUUCGCAGGCUAUUGAACGUCAACGGGCUUUUACCUCCGACAUACCCAGUUCCGCGGCUAAAUUUAGCUCACGCAUCGUUGGAGGUCAGGAGUCUGAUGUCCUGGCGGCUCCCUAUCAAGUUUCGCUACAGAACUCCUAUGGCAACCACUUUUGCGGCGGUGUCAUUGUCCACAACCAGUACGUGGUCACCGCAGCCAGUUGCGUUGCUGGAUUGCGUACCAACAAUGUGAAGGUGGUCACCACUACCUACAAUAACUGGGGAUCGGCAGGCUGGGAAUACAGCGUAGAGCAAAUCAUCUCACACUGCAACUUUGAUAAGCCGAUGUAUCACAACGACAUUGCCCUGAUCAAGACACAUGCUCUGUUUGAUUACGAUGAAGUGACCCAGAAUAUCACAAUUGCUCCAUUGGAGGAUUUGACGGAAGGUGAAAAGCUGACCAUGUACGGAUGGGGAAGCACAGAGAUUUUGGGAGAUUUCUCUUGGGAGUUGCGACAACUGGACUUGACCUAUGUCCCUACGGAGAAGUGCAACGCCACCUAUGGCGGUUCGGCAGAUCUAGAUCUGGGCCACCUUUGCGCCGUUGGAAGUGUGGGAGCCGGAGCCUGUCACGGUGAUGCCGGGGGACCCCUUGUUGACAGUCGGGGACGCCUGGUGGGCGUUGGCAAUUGGGGCGUGCCUUGCGGUUACGGAUUCCCUGAUGUCUUUGCUCGUUUGAGCUUCUACUACAGCUGGAUUACAUCGACGAUCAAUGGUUGUGCUAUUUCUUAAUAAGGUAUUAGAUAUUGUAACAUCCUUAAAUUAAAUACAGAAAGUGUACUUUUUAAUCAAUAAAAUAGUAUAAAAUU